UAUUAUACUAAACAGCUCUUUAAAUACAGCACACUUGUCCCUGUUUCCUUGUUUCCCAACUCUAUAAAUCCAUUGUUCUCCAAAAAUCACUUCCAGACGAAGAAAAAAACAUGGCUAAGCUUAGCACAUUUUGCAUGAUAGCAUUCCUCCUUCUCACACUAACUUGCGCUGCUUCCCGUCCGAUGAGUACGCCUUAUCACGACGUUACUCCGAUGGAGCAUAGUAAGUAUAAGGCAGCAGGGAAAGUAGAAGUGGACGAAAGAUGUGAAGGUCUUGGAGAAGAAGAAUGUUUGAUGAGAAGAACGUUAGAGGCUCACCUUGAUUAUAUCUAUACCCAGAGGCAUAAGCAACCCUAGAUUUUCGUUUCUCUUUAGUUUUCUUCAUUAAAUAUAGUUUUAUUCUUUCUUUUCUUCUUCUUCUUCUUCUUUUCUUCUCUAGUUAUAUAUGGACAUGUGAUGUAUUAGUUAAUGACGACUCUUCGACCUGGUCCCUUGUUUCGAUCUAGAUCA